CCGCCCCAACCGUUAACGGUCGCCCGCACACAAGCCCCGCUUUCCGCCCGCGGCAGCCGAGCGGCCUAGGUGCGCGGCCCGGCCGAUCCCGCUGCGCAGCGCGCGGGCGAUGCGGCCGCGGCCAUGGAGGAGGCCCCUCUGCUCGGCGGGAUGCCCGGCCCCGAGGACGAGAUGGUGACGGAGCUCUUCAGCCCCGACAGCCCGUUCGCGCCCGAAGGCCUGGCGCUGAAGCCGCCGGCGGCGGUGAAGCAGGAGGAGGACGAGUUCCACGUGCUGAAGGACGCGUACCUGAGCGCGGCCGAGCCGCGGGAGCCGCUGCUGCGCGCGUUCAGCCCCGCGCUGGGCGCGGACUGCAAGGGCAAGGUCAAGGUGGAGCUGCUGGCGGACGCGGACGACGAGGAGCCGCUGCUCGGCGAGUACCCCGGGCUGCCCGAGCUCAACCCGCUGGACGACGCCGCGCUGCCCGCCGCGCCCGCCUACAACGUCCACUUCCUGUCCUCGCUGCUGCCGCCCCGCGGCCCCGCCGUCGUGCCCCUGGGCGCCUGGGCCAGGGAAGGAGCCGCCCACCCCGGCGUCCGCGUGAUUCCAGUGAUAUGUCAGUUGAAAGGGGGCACACAAAUGCUGUGUAUAGACAAUUCUGGCACAAGAGAACUAAAAGCACUUCAUUUGGUUCCUCAGUAUCAAGACCAAAACAAUUAUCUACAGUCAGAUGUCCCUAAACCAAUGACUACUUUAGUAGGAAGAUUUUUGCCAGUACCAGCAAAAUUAAACCUCAUAACACAACAACUUGAUAAUGGAGCCUUACCAUCGGUAGUCAACGGAUCGGCUUUCCCCCCGGGAUCAACUCUUCCAGGACCGCCGAAAAUAACUUUGGCUGGGUACUGUGAUUGCUUUGCCAGUGGGGACUUUUGCAACAACUGCAAUUGUAAUAAUUGUUGCAACAAUUUGCGUCAUGAAAUAGAACGUUUUAAAGCCAUUAAGGCAUGUCUUGAUAGAAACCCAGAAGCUUUCCAACCAAAGAUUGGGAAAGGAAAACUGGGCGACGUGAAGCCCAGACAUAACAAAGGAUGCAACUGUAAGAGGUCAGGCUGCCUUAAGAAUUACUGCGAAUGCUAUGAGGCCAAAAUUAUGUGUUCUUCUAUUUGCAAAUGCAUUGGUUGCAAAAAUUAUGAAGAAAGUCCAGAACGAAAAACUCUAAUAAACAUGCCAAACUACAUGGAGAUCGGAGGUUUUGAAGGCAGCCAUCAUUUGUCACCAACUAAAUUUUCAGGACUUCCAAAAUUCAGAAAAGAUAGGCGACCUUCCUCUUGCAUCUCCUGGGAGGUGGUGGAGGCCACCUGCGCGUGCCUGCUGGCGCAGGGCGAGGCGGCGGAGAAAGAGCACUGCUCCGAGUGCCUGGCAGAGCAGAUGAUCCUGGAGGAAUUCGGAAGGUGCUUAUCACAGAUUCUCCACAUCGAGUUUAAAUCCAAGGGGUUGAAAAUUGAGUAGAGUACAGCGUAGCAAGAUGUGAACGCACGCCCACUUUUUCUGAGUAUUCUGAGGGAGGCUGAAGUUUUAGAAGGGUGUGGGGGGAACGCGAGGCCAGGCCUGCACGGCAGCCACACGGUUGAAACCAGGCUCUCCCUGCGGGUCCGCGGGCCUGCUGGGUCCGCAGGGAGCUGUCUGAAGGAUGUGAUGACAGAACUAGAACUCCCUUUUGUUGAGGAAAACUAUGACGGGAGCAUUGUCUGGCCGGGAGGAGAGAGCUUGGUUCCCGUAGUCUGGAGAGUCUGCGGGAGCGAGGGUCACGCGCUCGCUCGGAGCCGCCUGGGAGAGCUCGCUGCUGCUGACUCACCCCUCCGGGGAACUUCCCUCUGGGGGCUGCCGGCCUGAAACUCUAAUGGUUUCUUGUUUGUUUGGUUGUUUUUCAAAUUAUUUAGAAAUAAGUUCUUCAGAUGGGCUGUUAUGAUGUCACUUAAAAUCCCUAGAGAACUACUGAAUGUCCGAAGAAUUCUGUAGUGUAGACGUUUCCCCGAGUUGCACACGUUCAGUCCUUUCCUGAGGCCACCAUGAAACCCCGGUGGCGGCCACGCCAGCCGGGCUUGCGGGAGUGUCCUGAGCUCCAGGACCUAGUUACCUAGUUUUUCACGCGUUUCUAUCUGAAUUGUGGAAAAGCUCUAUUACCCAAUUGACUGCUCCAUAAUUAUUGUUAUGAUAUUAUUAUUGUUUGUAAAAUAUUGUUAAAAUAACUAGCUUGCAGAAACCAGCAGGUAGAUUGUUUAGUUGACUCUUUUGGUUCUAUUAUAAAACAAAGACGAAUAAAAAUUUCUGAUGUCUUCAA